CCAACCUUUCUCAUAAUUUCACUUGCACAACGCUCCGUGUUAUUCGCUUUAUCUUUAAUUUUGCCUGCGUUUAGAUGAGAAUGAGCAAGCUGACAAGAAACAUGGCGAGAAUUCAAUCCCUGAGAACAUUUUCUAGUUCUAGUUUAAUAAGACAGGUUGCACCAGGAACUAAGAGCUCAGGUUCAGCUCCGGAAUCUGCACAAGGACUGAAUUUUACCCUGACCCCGGAGCAAGAGGAGUACCUGGAGUUGGCGGAGAACUUUACCAAAAAUGAAAUUAUCCCAGUUGCUGCCCAGUACGAUAUCUCCGGGGAGUUUCCCUGGGAGGUUAUUAAGAAAGCCCACGCCACUGGAUUAAUGAACCUUCAUAUCCCAGAGAAAUACGGAGGAAUGGGCUUGGGAACACUGGACGGAUGUUUAAUAACGGAGAAGAUGGCGUAUGGUUGCACAGGAAUAAUGACUGCUCUUGAAGCUAAUGGAUUAGGUUCUAUGCCGGUUAUGAUUGCUGGAAACGAGGAGCAGAAGAAAAAAUAUCUUUCCCGACUAAUUGAAGAACCAUUGAUGUGUGCAUAUGGAGUUACAGAACCUGGAGCAGGAUCAGAUGUUGCUGGGAUUAAAACCAAGGCUGAGAAGAAAGGCGAUAAAUGGGUGAUAAACGGUCAAAAGAUGUGGAUAACCAACGGUGGAGUUGCAAACUAUUACUUCGUCCUGGCGCGUACCAACCCUGAACUUAAGUGUCCAGCUAGCAAGGCCUUCACAGGGUUUAUUGUGUACGCAGAUACUCAAGGAGUUACUCCGGUUAGGAAGGAGAAGAAUAUGGGUCAGCGCUGCUCUGAUACCAGAGGAAUCACGUUUGAGGAUGUUGUUGUACCUGAGGAGAAUGUCCUCAUCGGAGAGGGUGCAGGAUUCAAGGUCGCCAUGGGAGCUUUCGACAAGACCCGCCCUCCCGUCGCUGCUGGAGCAGUAGGUAUCUCACAGCGAGCCCUCGACGAGGCGACAAAAUACGCAAAUGAAAGAAAAACUUUUGGAGUUCCCAUUAUCCAACACCAAGCAGUGGCGUUCAUGUUGGCGGAUAUGGCAAUUGGAACCGAGGCAGCUAGAUUGGCGUAUCAGAAGGCUGCUUGGCAGGCGGAUAAUAAAAUCAGGAACACCUACAUGGCCUCUAUCGCCAAGUGUCUCGCCGGAGAUGUCGCAAAUAAGUCUGCUACCGACGCCGUUCAGAUCUUCGGUGGGAACGGGUUCAACACUGAGUACCCCGCUGAGAAGUUGAUGAGAGACGCCAAGAUCUACCAGAUCUACGAGGGAACCGCACAGAUUCAGAGGAUUAUCAUCUCCAGGGAGUGGAUGGCGAUUGCCAAGCAGAAGUUCGGCCUUUAAAUUUAGUUCAACGCGGACCCGGAAAAACUUAAACUACUUGAAACCAGUUUUCAAUGAUAACAUUUUUAACAUAGAUGCAUUAUGCUAGUAAACAUUUUAUAUUUGAUAGAAUACAAAAUUUAUUAAAUAUCUUUUUUUUUGGUUAUGUGAGUGAAUUUAGAACUUCUUUGUCACGUGAUACAGACAGAGACGCAUGACAAUGAUACUGCACUGACACUGGUGGGAGUUCUAGUCCCGUGUUUCAGACUCCCUUGGGAUAUCGUCGUUUUCAGAUUGGUUUCGCAUUUGCUGAGUAUAUUCUGUUUAAACCUAAGAUUUGUAUACAAGUUUUAUAUGUAAAAAUUUCGUAUAAAUUUGAUAGUUGUA